CUCGAGAGAGCCUGGUUCGUUCGUUUCCAUCUCCCACCCUCUUUUCUCUCCUCUUUUCGACGAGGAGGUAAAGCCGACGGCCGGCGACGAGGGGUCGCGCCCUCCUCCUCCUCCUAUCUCCUCCCCCCUCUCCACCUUAUCCGUGUGAUUGGAGAUUAGUCCCCCAUGACAUAGUUGAGCUAAGAAAUGAGCAUAUGCAGCUACCCAGUUUUGGAGACCCCUAUCAAAAUUACCAAAGUUGGUGAAUUGUGUUUCUGUAUGCCUGAUCUGGAAAAGUUCUUGGAAGAUGGUAAAAAGUAAUAGGGAUGGUGAUGGUGUCACAAGAAGCUCGAAGAGGGAUGAAAGAGUUGGUGAUCUCACAAGAACUUAUUUCACAAGAAGCUUGAAGAUGAAUACACCUUAUCUCACAAAAAGCUCAACAAAGAACAGAAGAAUUGAUGGUCACACGAGAAGCUCGAAGAAGAAUAAAAGAUCUUACCCUGCCAGAAGGUCAACAAAGGACAAAACAAUUUGCAACGAAGGAGAGACAACUGGGUUACCGAUUCCAGUACAUGGAGAGGGGCUUAAUGAGGAUCGAUCCCCUAUUGAUACUGUUGCACCAGUACAUGGAGAUGGGCUUAAUGAGGAUGGAUCCCCUAUUGAUACUGUUGCGCCAGUACAUGGAGAUGGGCUUAAUGAGGAUCAAUCCCCUAUUGAUACUGUUGCGCCAGUACAUGGAGAUGGGCUUAAUGAGGAUCAAUCCCCCAUCGAUACUGUUGCACCAGUACAUGGAGAUGGGCUUAAUGAGGAUCUAGAAUCCUUGGGUUAUCCCGAGCGUCCAAAAACAAUGUUAACUGAUUGCAUUUUGGUUAAUAGUUUUGAAGAGCCUUUUGGUGACACACAUGAUAAAGGUGUUUGGAGCGAACUAAAGGAAACAGUUGCCACCAACAUAGAUGAAAAUACCGUUGCACUUGCUUCAUUCAAUGGAGAAAAAAGGUUUUUUGCAUGCACAGGUUGCUUUAUUGAAUGGAAUGGAUGUACCACUAUUCUAACGUCAGCGAGCUUGAUUAGACAUUCCCGUCGUGCAGAUGAGAUUUUGAAAAACUUGAGGAUUGAAGUGUUCCUUCCAAGCAAAGAACGGGCAUCCGGAAUAUUACAACAUUAUAAUUUACAUUACAAUAUUGCUCUAGUCAGGGUCAACGAUUACAGUCCUAGUCAUCCAAUAAAAAUUCAACAUCGUCGGCGUGACAACCGUGAAGUACUAGCUGUUGGCCGUAUCUUCACAUCCGGCGAAUUAAUGGCUUCAAGAGGACACAAAGAUAGCAUGGUGUGCGAACAUGAUUGUGGACAUCUCCAUUUUUCUAGGUGUAGAAUCAGUAAAGCUGGCAUUGGAGGGCCCCUUCUUGAUUUUGACGGGAAAUUUGUUGGCAUGAACUUCUACGACAAGCGUGCAGGAGGAACCUGGUACCUAAAAUGUAAUGAGAUUCUCCACGUCCUGGGUCAUUUUGAGAAAAAAAAGGUAUGUUCGGGUAUUCAGGUGCUUGUCAUGCGGUGUAUUCAGGUUUCAAUGACGUACAGGAGUUGUGCGAGAAGCGGCGUCAGUAAAGCAUAAUAAGCAAUUUACUAUAUCCUUAAAAAAACAAUUUACUGUAUUCUUUGGCGUGUUUAAUAGGACUGUUGAUGAAGCUGGCCAUGAUGAUUAUGCAUCUAAUAAGCUUGACUGGACUAUAGAUGGAGAUCACAGUGUCAAGAUUAAUCGUUGGUUCGUGCCAUUGCCAUUUUGGUGUCGUCCUGAUGCUCUGAAAAAGUAUGGACCUAAAAUGACAAUCAGAAAUUUGACCCACGACGUAGAGCUGACUGGAGGGUCAUGGAAAAUGUAGAAGGUACAGCUGUGAAUGGAGUGACAUUGCAAGUGUAGAAGCAAUACGUCCAAUUGGAGUCCAUUGAAUUGCAAUCUCCACAUGUUAUCUGAUGGAUCUAUAAAUCUGUUUGGCCUGACAAGCAUUCAGAAAUACGUAACCCAGAUGUACUUCUGAAUGCCACAUGUAACCUGGCACUUCUGAAUAGAGUAACCUGUUGCCACAUGUACGGUGGUGCGCUGCUCUUAAGUUACUGUCCUUGUUUUGAUAAACUUUCACCGUGCUGAUGUUGUUCAAUUCCACUUGGUAAACUGCCACAUGCCGCCGCAA